AUGGAUUUUUGUUACAAAAAACUGAUGGGUAAUGGUACUAUUACUAGUAAAUUUAGGUUAUCACAACCACCAACUACAAUUAUUCCAAAUCAAUCAAAUUUAAGGACUAUUAUAUCCGAAAUUGAAGAAUCAAAAGUUGAACAUAGUAUAAAAUCUCCAGAAAUUGAAACUAAAGAAACUCAUCAUCCAAGUAAUUGUAAUAGAUGUUAUAAAUUAAAGAAAAAAUGUAGUAGAACUUAUCCUAAAUGUUCUCAUUGUCAAAGAACUGGUGUUGAAUGUGAAUAUGUAAAUCGAUCAAAGAAGAGGAAAAAAGAAAUUGAAGGUCAAGUUUUACAAAUUUCAAAACCUGAUUUAAAACAAGGAGUAACUAGUCAUAAAUUAAUAUCUGUAUCUUCGUUGUUAUCUGAUGAACCAGAACCAACAAAAAGAAAAAUUACCAAGAAGCGUAUGCCAACGGCCGCUUUAGCUUCAAGUGCAAGAAGAGCAAAACAAGUGGAUAGAAAUUUAAUAGAUAGAAUAAAUUAUAAUAGUAUUACUACAUCAUCAACAACCAACCUAAAUGAAGAAUUUAUAACUUUAAAAGCUAUUAAUAUAUCACCUAUUAUAUUUGCAUUAAAUUAUUUUGAAAAUUAUACUUUUAAAUAUCCAUUUUUAAAUAAAGAUAAAUAUUUGCAAAAGUUGUCAAAAGUUGAUUUUGCAAAGGAGUCAAUUGUUAAUUUAGAUUUAUAUUUAUUAUUAAGUAUUGGUUGUUUAUUAUAUGAUUCAAAAUGUGGAACCAACUAUUAUUCAGAAAUUUUUAAAGAAAAAAGUGUGCUUUCAAUAAUAGAUGUUUUGAAUUUUUCAUUUUCAGAAUAUAAUAAAGAUGCAUUAAAGUUAUUAUUAUUAUUAACUAUAUUUGGUAUAAAUUCGAUGAAUGGAGAAUUAGUAUGGAAUUUAAUUGGAAUGUUAAAUCGAGCUGUUAUAAAAUUUGAAAUUUAUAAAAAAGGUGAUGAUGAUGAUGAUGAAACAAGGAGAAUAUUUUGGUCCAUACAUAAUUUAGACAAGGAAUAUAGUUUAUUAUCUAAGAAACCGUCACAGUUUCCAAAUUAUAAAUACAUCACACAAGGCCAAAUAGAAUCACCACUUUAUGAAAAUGAAAAUAUAUCAUUAAUAAAUCAUAAUAUCACCCUUUGCAAGUUUCAAGAUUCAAUUCUAGACCUAUUAUUAACUAAUUCAAAUGAAAAUUUACUGAAAAUUUCGGGAGAUGUAGGUAAAUGGAGUUCAACCACCACCAAAGAAAUUCGACAGAAAUUUAUUCAACAACCAGAUUUACAAGAUUUAAUACCAUGGUUAUAUUUUCAAAGUUUUUAUUUACAAGCUGAAUUAGAUUCAUUAUCAACUACUAAAUCAAUACGAUUUUCAUCUCAAUUUAUUUUUUAUUCAUUUACUUUAAUGAUUUUAGGGUCUGAUAAAUCUGAAAAACCAAAUUAUAAAAUAUCUAUAUCAUCAAGUUUAUUCUGGUAUGCUCAAUUAUUCAAUGUUUUAAACUAUAGUAUAAAUACAUUUAUACAUUUCCUUGAAACUGAAGAAGAAGAUAAUUUAAGAGUUAAAAUUGUUGAUUUCAAUAGUUAUUUACACCAAUUGUUAAAUAUUUUAAAAUAUGUAAGUGGUAGAAAUCAAGAUAAAAUCAAUCAAGAGAUCAAUAAUCUAAUUACCAAUCUAGAUGAUCUCAGUAUACAAUUAAUGUCUGAAGAUAAGAAUAGUAUAUUAACGACUUGUAAACGUAUAAGUUUAUACUCAGUAAUAUAA